AUGGACCGGGAGAGAGCAAGGGGAGGGAGCAUUAGGAAUUGGGAAAGUAGACGAGAAGGAAACUGAGGGAGUCAGAAGAAGAGAGGAGUGCAAAAGAAAAGGAGGCGAGAUCAGCAAAUAAGCCCAGUACUAUUCCUCUCACAGCUGCAGUGAUCCAGGCUGGGAGAGGAGAUCCGAAAGGACUCCCUGGAGAGGAGAGGGAGCCAGAAGACAAGAGAGACGUAAGAGAGCAUCUGUAGCCUCUGAGUGUCCUGCAGGGGAAGAUGGACUCAGACUCCGGAGAGCAGAGUGAUGGAGAUCUCUCUCCAGGACAGGAGAGCUUUAACUCUCGCUCCCUGGCCCUGCAGGCUCAGAAGAAGAUCCUGAGCAAGAUGGCGACCAUGGUGGUGGCCAACAUGCUGACCGAUGACACGAGCAGCGAGAUCCUGGACGAGCUCUACAAGGCGAGCCGAGAGUUCACCAAGAGCAAGAAGGAGGCGCACAAGAUCAUCAAGGACGUCAUCAAGAUCGCCCUGAAGAUCGGCAUCCUGUACCGCAACCACCAGUUCAGCCCCGACGAGCUGGACACGGUGGAGCGCUUCAAGAAGAAGAUGAACCAGGCGGCCAUGACGGCGGUGUCCUUCUACGAGGUGGAGUACACCUUCGACAGGAACAUCCUGUCGGAGCUGCUGCUGGAGUGCAGGGACCUGCUUCACACCCUGGUCGAGCAGCACCUCACCGCGCGCUCACAUGGGCGCAUCGACCACGUUUUCAACCAUUUCGCCGACGGGGAGUUCCUGGCCGAGCUGUACGGGGACGGAGAGGAGUACAGACUCUCUCUGAGGAAGAUCUGCAACGGCAUCAACAAACUGCUGGACGAAGGAACGCUUUAACCCCGCCCCUUUCCCCUCCCCCCCGCACCUGACCUCUCUCACCUCUAGCUCUUUCUCCUCCUGCUCAUUUCUCCUCGCCACUUGCUCGCCCAUGACCGCGUACACAACCUCUCUCUGCUCCCCGUCUUCCUGUCUCUCCUGCAGCCGUUUCCAUGGAGCUUGUUGUAACAUCUCGACGCUGUGGUGCAACGAGGGAGUAUUUUUGGGGGGGUUUUUCACCGCUGCACACUGGGACAACCCCGUUUCACGUCGUACGCUUUUCCAUGUCAUCGUCUUUGUCUGCAUAAAGUGUACUGUACCAAUGGCCAAAAAAAAAACAUACAUUAGGUAUACUUUAUUUGAAUAGUGAAGAUAAUCAGUAGUAGUGAUCUGUCCGUCUGUGUGUGUGUGUGUGUGUGUGUGUGCACAUAUGUUUGUAUGGGAUCCUCAUGAAUAAUGUGCUUGUACAUAAGAAUAUGACAUGGUGUGUGUAGUGUGUAUCAGUCUUAUGCGUGGAUCUUCUCUCACAUGUCUUUUAUUAAAGAUUUCUUGUAAACUUUAUCCUGCAGUUCUUCUGACAAAGUACAACGUCGGUAGAGUUUAUAAAAACAAUCUUUCUCUCAGCCUCUA